UCUCCGCUGGAAUAAUCAUGUAGCUCGCGCCUUAUUCUCCCAGCGUGCUUUGCGGUGUCGGCGGCGCCUGUCUGCUGCUCGCCAUAUUGUGUCUCUGACGGGGAAGGACGGAAAGAAGGAGGAGGAGGAAGAAAGAAGGAAGGAAGGAAGGGGCAGAGACCGCGGCUCUCGACUCGCCUCAGCCCUGGCUGCGGGAAGAGGAGGCGGAGGCGGCGGAGGAGGAGGAGGAGGGGGCGCCGAAGGUGGCAACAACGUCGUCCAAGAGAGCCGAGCCUCGGGGAGGGAGCGGGCCAGCCACCGAGAGGGAACCAACAACGGGACCGCCAUGUCUCAGGCAGUGCAGACAAAUGGCACACAGCCUUUAAGCAAAACAUGGGAGCUCAGCUUGUAUGAACUCCAAAGAACUCCUCAGGAGGCUAUUACAGAUGGCCUGGAAAUAGUGGUGUCACCCCGAAGUCUCCAUAGUGAGCUGAUGUGUCCCAUUUGUUUGGAUAUGUUGAAAAACACCAUGACUACAAAGGAAUGUCUACAUCGUUUUUGUGCAGAUUGUAUCAUCACAGCCCUCAGAAGUGGAAACAAAGAAUGCCCUACAUGUCGUAAAAAGCUUGUUUCUAAAAGAUCUUUGAGGCCAGACCCAAACUUUGAUGCCCUCAUCAGCAAAAUCUAUCCAAGUCGUGAUGAAUAUGAGGCUCAUCAGGAGAGAGUUCUAGCAAGGAUCAACAAGCACAAUAAUCAGCAAGCUCUAAGUCACAGCAUUGAGGAAGGUUUGAAAAUCCAGGCUUUGAACAGGUUACAAAGAGGCAAGAAGCAACAGAUAGAGAAUGGCAGUGGAGCAGAGGACAACGGAGAUAGCUCACACUGUAGUAAUGCUUCGACUCACAGUAAUCAAGAAGCUGGGCCAAGUAACAAACGGACCAAAACAUCUGAUGAUUCUGGUCUAGAACUGGACAAUAACAAUACAACAGUUGCAAUAGACCCAGUUUUGGAUGGUGCAAGUGAAAUUGAACUAGUUUUCAGACCUCAUCCUACACUAAUGGAAAAUGAUGACAGUGCACAGACAAGGUACAUAAAGACCUCUGGCAAUGCCACAGUUGAUCACUUGUCCAAAUACCUAGCUGUGAGAUUGGCUUUGGAAGAACUCCGGAGCAAAGGAGAGUCAAAUCAGAUGAAUCUUGAAACAGCCAGUGAGAAGCAGUACACAAUUUAUAUUGCUACAGCAAACGGCCAAUUCACUGUGUUAAAUGGCUCCUUUUCUUUGGAGCUGGUCAGUGAAAAGUACUGGAAAGUGAAUAAGCCCAUGGAGCUCUACUAUGCACCAACAAAGGAACACAAAUAAGUCUGACAAGCUUUCCGUUGGAACUGUACUUGCUUUUAUAGCUCUGGUUUAUUUUAAAGAAAUGAAGCGCCAUACGCUGCACCAUGGACAACUGCUGAGAGACUCUGGUUAAUGAAUAUUCAUAUUAAUUAUUAGGCAGUAUUUUGUGUGAUAUUUUAAUUUAUAUAUAUAUAUUACUUUUGGAGAUUAAUCUGUACAUUCCAUUGUUGCUGUUAAAUGUACUUUUUGAUUUGGUGGCUCUUGUCCUAUGCGCAUGAUGUUAGAAGCAGCAAAAGCCAUUUUGAAAGCAUGUUUUCAUGGUGGUGCAUCUUGUGUUGACAAACACACUAGCACCUCAGUGAGUGCCGACAAGCAAAGGACCAGUUUCAACAUUGUUUGAAUACUUAUGGUUAAAAUUUGCUAGCAGGUAUGGACUAAUUACGAGUCUGAGGAAAAUGUUAGCGCUGGAAUGUUUAUUCACAGCAGUAACUGAACUAUACAUAGAGAGAUGGGCCAAAAUUAACAAAAUGAAGCUCAAUGGGGACAAAUGCAAGAUACUCCACUUAGGCAGAAAAAACAAAAUACAAAGAUACAGAAUGGGGGACGCCUGACUCGAGAGCAGUAUGUGUGAAAAAGAUCUUGGAGUCCUUGUGGACAACAAGUUAAACAUGAGCCAACAAUGUGAUGUGGCAGCAAAAAAAAAAGCCAGUGGGAUUUUGGCCUGCAUCAAUAGGAACAUAGUGUCUAGAUCUAGGGAAGUAAUGCUACCCCUCUAUUCUGCCUUGGUUAGACCACACCUCGAAUACUGUGUCCAAUUCUGGGCACCACAAUUGAAAAGAGAUAUUGACAAGCUGGAAUGUGUCUAGAGGAGGGCGACUAAAAUGAUCAAGGGUCUGGAGAACAAGCCCUAUGAGGAGCAGCUUAAGGAGCUGGGCAUGUUUAGUCUGAAGAAGAGAAGGCUUAGAGGAGAUAUGAUAGCCAUGUAUAAAUAUGUGAGAGGAAGUCACAGGGAGGAGGGAGCAAGCUUGUUUUCUGCUGCCCUGGAGACUAGGACGCGGAACAGUGGCUUCAAACUACAAGAAAGUAGAUUCCAUCUGAACAUAAGGAAGAACUUCCUGACAGCGAGAGCCGUUCAGCAGUGGAACUCUCUGCCCCAGAGUGUGGCGGAGACUCCUUCUUUGGAGGUUUUUAAACAGAGUCUAGAUGGCCAUCUGUCAGGGGUGCUUUGAAUGCAAUAUUCCUGCUUCUUGGCAGGGGGUUGGACUGGAUGGCCCAUGAGGUCUUUUCCAACUCUAUGAUUCUAUAUAGAUUGCCCUGGCUACAAGUCCUGCAUUCUGAAUAUGAAAGGUAGCUUUAUAUGUAACAUUGGCCAGAGUCCUGUUGAAGACAUUACAGAAGUUAUUCAAUACCUAUUCCAUAUUGCUGUCUUCUUCCUCCCCACCAUGAUAGAAAGCAAUUUUCAAAUGCUGAAUGUAUGGGGGAUUUCCUGACAGGGAGUGAGUAAGGGCCCAUUUGGCUGCGAUUCUGCAGCUGAGAAAACAACAGAAGUUGCCCCUCUUCUCUUCAGUGUACAUCAUGGUAAUCUGAGAGAAAGAUGCCUGUUCUCUUCUCCUUGGUUCAGAACUGUAGCAAGAUACUACUGCCUGGGUGCCUCCUGGCCAUCAGGGUGAACUCUUGUACUGGGAAGCUCCCCAUGCAAUGUAGGAUCUCCUCUGUUCUCACACAGAAC